UUUAUUUCUAUUUAUUUUCACAUGUAGAAAUCUGGGGCCAUCUGGAGACAGAAAACAGUGUGUCAUGAGGCACCGUUGCUGUGUCUGGCUCUAAAAAUAACAUCUUGUUGUUAGUCUGUGCCGGCCCUGCUGGGAUUUGAGCGCGGUUUGUCAGAAAGUAAAGAGCUCUGCUGGUGCUCAGGUGUGUUUUCUUUGCCCAGAAAUGCCCCUGUGCGCGACGGAAGGAAUCCUGCGGAACAAAUGUUCUGCUGUUUGGCUUCCUCAGACGCCCCGGCUCCCUCCUUUUGUUGCUUGCCACGAAAAGAGGUGCCAUUUCGCAUCAUUCUGCAGAAAUUGUUUGAAUUAAUGCAAGUGUGAAUUCUUACCGUUUGAAGGAGGGUAUUUGCAUAUCAAAGGUUUCUUAGCUCCGGCUCAAUUGAGGAAACUUCAGCUUGUCUUCCAUUUGCUUCCAAGAAGAGGCCCAAAGGGCAGUGGGAAUUGUAAAGGGGUAAAAUGGGGAGGUGGAUUUGGGUUAUGUUUCAGAACUUUUGCUGUUUUGCAAUUAUGCGGGUGAAAAACAAGGUCCCUCCGCUGCCAAGCCCUUGCAAGCGCUCGGACAAUUACACUCUAUUGAUUAAUGGUUUGUUCCGAGCAAAAAAAGUGACCUUUUAUGACAGGCACUGUGGCGUGGUUUCUGAUUCCUCCUCUCUGGGAGGGGGAUUUAGAAAGUGCUUUCUCCCGCGCUCUUGCUCUGGUAUGGCCUACACGUUACUGCGUGGAGGGGUGAAUGGGGAAGACCUUCUAAUUACUUCAGAAAACAAAUGAAAUCUUGUAAUAAAAGACCUCUUGGUUCCAGGCCUUUGAAACAAAUAUGCUUCUUUCCUUAAUGGGUGGGUAGGCUGGAAUAAUAGAUAUUUUUAUGGAGAGUUUUAAAAAGAAGUUUUGAUCACCACCGGCCAUAUGCUUCCAUUUGCUUUUUCUAGAAAAAAAGUGAAAAUGAGUAAUUCUUGUAAUCUCAUUUAAUCAGUGAUACCGUGUUUACAAAGAUAACCUAAUUUGUGGUUAGUAUUACCCUAUAAUAAAUAAUUCUCAACCAGCUAUGGCAGGAGUGCCGUUUUGGUGGCUGUGUAGAACAUUUAUCGCAUUGCAAGUUGUUUUACGAGACUACAUAUUCAUAGUUUUUUAUUCUUUUGUUACUAUUUUCUUGAGUUUGAAAGGGGAUGUGGCCCGGCCUACCCUUUUCUUACCUUUGCUAAUCCACAUUCAUAAUCCAGCAACUCAAAAGCCAAGCAAAAUCCAGUUAUCCAUCAAUAAGUUGGGACCUUUUCCAGGGACCAGAUGUUUCUUGGGAACUGUAUUCUGGUUUAUAUCUCUGGCAAAAAAAACUUCCUAAAUUUUCCUUGCCUAUUUCUUCUUUCCAAACCUUUUACUUGAAUGAUACAGAUACUAAAACAAGUAUUUUGUGUUUUUAAAAAGCUGGUUUAAGUCAUUGAUACGUAACAUUUGGUCUGUUGUUUGGGUGGGUUUGUUUGUUUGUUUUAUUUUUUUUUUCCUUCUGAUUCACCAUUUGGGGGGGUGUUUCUUUUACUGCCAUGAAAGUGAUGUGCCUUUAGAGUAGGAUAUUCAAUUUCAGGCUUCAGUUUCCUUUCAUGUAAUGAAGGAGCUGAGUAUAUAUGGUAUGUCUUGGUGAAAAACACUGCAGUUGAUCAAGUAUUCUGCUGUUCUUAGAUGGACACGGCUAUUUGGGCAUUUCGUAAAUAGAUGUAUUUAGUGGUUCUAAAAUUAGAUAAUUACUUUCAGGUAAUUUCCAGCAGUUUAUUUACCUAAUGUCUUCAGCUGUCUGAAGUAGUACCUUUUGGUGGUGUAAAAGGAACAUAUUGAUGUAAUUGCCAUUAUCACACUUAAGUUGCUGUUAACUAGUCUGCUUUGAAUGCAGAGGGCUAUAAAGAAAGCGCAUUAUCCUUUCAGCUAUUAGGGAUAAUCUAAAAAUUUGAAAUGUUGCACUUUGGUUUAUGUGAGGCAACCCCAAAUUCGAUAAAUCUCUAAAGGUAAAAAAGUAGUAAAAAGAAGAUUUUCAACAUUCAGAUGACAAAAUUGGACCACUUAGAGAGAAAUUAAUGUGCUGCAGCAGCACUUCAACUGCCAUUUUCAAUCACUGUGGGUUACUAUGUGUUGGCAACAGUAAAAAAGCAUAGACGUUCAGAUAGCUCAGGGAGCUGGUAGUUGGGGGAAUCAGGAUGUUGAAUCAUGUGGGGUAGAACAAACCAAUUACUUCAGGUUUUGACUUGAGAAUUUCCAGUAAACAUUUUUUUUCUGGCUUUUGGCUCCCCUGCUCAUUAAUAGACCAACAUCAAAGCAGGCAACCAAACUUCCAAAUGUUAUAAAAACUAAUGUAAAGAUACGGAUCUCACAUGUAGUCUUGCAAGUCUUAAUUUAAAACAAGCAGUUGGAGUUUUUAUUGCUGCAAUUUUCACAAUCAGCAGAGACAUUAACACCAGGCUUCUGGGUGUUUCCCUUCUUAAAAUGAGCAAGAGGAAAGCUUUAAAAAAACCAGAGUGUGCUUAGUUGGUUCUUAUUUGAUCACUUCAGAAGCUUUCUCAAUGUUUUAUUUAUCUCUUACCGCUUUGAAUGUGUAAAGUCAGGAAAGGGGGUUACUCAGGAAUCCUAGUCUCUAGUAAGGAAGCACCUUAUUAAAGUUUAAAUAAGCAAGGUAGAACAGUCUUAGGAGUUUGUAGUCUUUAUGGUUAAUAGUAUGUAAUAAUAUGGUUGGUUUUAUUCUGGAAAUGUGAUAUGUAGACAUGACAUUUUGAUGCAUAGACUUUUUUUAAAUGAGAAUAGUUGUGAUGAAGAAAAUUUCCUACAGUUUUGAAUUACUGCUUUUUUUAAAAGUCCAUAACUUUCACUUAAAGAUUUUGGAGAGAGAAAUCUCUAGUUAGGCAAAAUAUUUAUCAAAGUUUUAUUUGAAAUACGUUUCUAGAUAGUGUGUCAUAAAUUCACAUAAAUCAUAAUAACCAUACAGUAGAAAGCAUUGUUUGACAUCUAGACAGCACAGAAACACGAUCAUAAGUUUUUGCUGAAAUUUGGACUUGAAGUUUAUGUAUUUGCAAGCCCUUGCUCAUCCUCUGUCCACCGAAAAUGUUGACAUACCUGUAAGAAAAUAAUGUUACCUUGUAGCAUGGCUCCUGCUGGAUUCUGCCAUGCCAAAUAUUAAUGACAAAUAACCCACCAGUAACACCUCAUAUCAAAAAAUGCUCUGUGAUUCCUCUGCAUUUCCAUUAAGGAAUAUCUGUGGAUGGCUCAUUAUACAGGAACUGGAAGUAGCAAAUAAUGAUUUUUACCUAGUCACCUGCAAGUGAAGAAGUUAAACUACGUGUGGUGUGUAGUGGAAGUCGUGUCCAUGCACAGGUCAUUCACAGACUAGCAGUCACUUAUGAACCAAGACAGUUCAGAGCACAGGCUAGUGAAAUUUGAAGUCAGUCAUGUUACUUGGAGAUGUCUUAUUGAACAGAAUCUUUCAAAGCAUUUUUUAGGAUUGAUGUUUGUGAUGUACAAAAGUGAUUUGAAAUUGCGAGAAAUUCACCUCCUUGAGUAUUUAUGUGCAGCUUUUAAACUUAAAAGCUGUCUAUUAUUUCUAAAAACACCCUCUGUUUGAAACAGGUAAAAAUUUUUAAGCAUCAUGGUUGUAAUUGGAUGUCAGGAAAAAUGGAAAAACAACAGCCUAUUUUAAGGCUAUUCUCAAUACUGUUAACAAUUGUGUUUAAUAUUUAAAUAGUUUUCAAAGAUAGCUGCAUUUUGUUUCCAACAGUUUUUUAAGAUAAAAGUAGCAGGUGGUUCUGGAAUAUUGGUAACUUAUAUAUACCUGGUGUAGAAAAUACUUCUGGCCUUUAUUUAGCAAAUGUGAUUCCUUUUAACAUUCUUCAUUUAAAAGGUGAAAGAUGACAGGCUUAAAGCCCUCUUUAAUAGGAAAUUUUCUAGGAGUUCAUGUUUCUUUCAGCCUGUAAUAUACGAGAUGUGUUUCUACAGCAUGGACUGGGAAGAUUGCGUCCCUUAAUAUCAGCAAUUUAGUUAUAGAAAUACACUUGCUUAGUGAGUGCUAUGGUCUGACAGCAUUCUCUAGAUGGAAACUGAUAGUGAAGUAGAAAUUGAUUCCAAAAGGAGGAAGGAAAAAAGUCUUCAAAUUCAGAAUCGUAACACCUCCAAGUUAUGGAUUGUUACAUUAAAUGGAGCAUUUUAUAGGUUUUAGAAGAAUAUGUAAUAUGCAUAUGCCAUGAAUUCAUUCUUUCUGAUUUUCAUGAGGUACUCUAAUGAUUCAACCAACUCUAGCUUGCCAUUUACCCAAAUUAUUUAGAAAUGCAGGAUAGUAAAAAGCAUUGCAGCCUGACUGAAGCAGGCACAAUGCUCAACACCUGCAGGUAGAGUGCAGUCUCUAGUAAAAUGCUGUUGAUUGUUACUCUGGCGCAAAGCAGGCUUAAAUACAGUUUGCUUAAUUACAACAAAAAUGCUUUUUUAUGAGUAAGAUAUUCUAUGUUUGGGGAGUGUUUUAUGUGUUAUCUGCUAAGUAAAAUUCCAUCAUACUUGUAUACAUUCGUUCAAUUAUCAGAGCAGCUAAGAGGAGGGGAAAAAAAUCAAUUUACGCUGAAAAGCACCAGAAAUAAGAUUACCUUGGCUAGUAGGAACUUGCCAGCACUGUCUAAAUUGCUUAAUAUUAUCAAAUGUUGCCAUUUUUCAUGUUCAGUAAGAAGGAUAUUGACUAUUCUACAUGUCCAGGUCUGCUGUUUGUCUAUUUCUUUAUAGGGUAUAAGCAUGUCUUAUUUCUAUUUCUACAAUAGCAGUUACAGAUAAAUCGGAGGAUCUAACAAUAACUUUAUAAAAUAGAUGGAAUAAUACCAUUCACUGGAGGAAUAGUAUUUAUUUGAGAUAAGUGAUAACAACUAGUUUUUUCACUUGUUGUUCUCGUAACAGACAAAUGUAAAUACCUUAGCAGACGUUUCAGAGUGAAAGGGGAGAGAUAACAUGUAAUUACUUUUCAGGGUGGCUCUGACGAUGCCCAUGUUCUUGUCUGUAAGAAAAAAAAAAUAAUCUUUGCUCAUCACCUCAGAAUAUGAAGGCCAUUGUUACUUCUCAAUAUAAAAAUAUUUUCUGAUUUCUAAUGUUGACCUCAGUAUUCAUCUUUAGCUCUUCUGUGUAAGCUGGAAUCCUUACAGCCAUGAAUUCUAGUUGCUGUUAUCCAACGGAGCAUUUAAUAGAGCACGUAAUGGACUCUGCUCCUGUAUUUUUCUUGAAUGCAUAGCAUCUUGCUUCAUUCAGUAACCAAAACUAACUUUGCUACAAGGACAGGCAACUCGACAAGUUAGAAUCAAUGGACCAUUUGUAGGUCACAAAGUCAGUUUACUGGAAUUUCAGAGGAAACUGGUUGAAAAGAGAGGACAAAUGUCACUUUGAAUAGAGAUGUUUAAAUCAGACUUCUGCCUUAGGGUAAAAUUUAGGUCUGUUGUAGCCUAGAUGUAAUGUCUCCCUCUACAGAGCACAGCAUUAAUCAUGGCUUGACAAGUGAUCAUGGGCUGAGAGAAAUAAGGCCUGUCUUGGUUGUGUGGUUAUUUUUUUUUUCUAAUCUUAAUCUCUUAGGAGCACAUUAUAAACACUAACAUUUACACAAAAAGAUUUAAGUAUCAAUGUCUGUGUUUCAGUAGUGAGAGUAGCUAGCUUCAGAGAAAAUCUAGUUAGAGUUAAUAAGAAGCUACUUGUGUUUCUUACGUAGAUUAACUUUUAGGAAUAUUUUCCUUUUAACGUAAUGCAGGGCUUUUUUGUCUUAAGAGAUUUAUUUUAUGCCAUUUCCUCAUACAAAUAUGGUAGAGUCUCGGUCUGCCUGUUUUGUUCCUUGGUUUACUGAAUAACUCUAAAUCUUUUUUCUUUACAAUGGUUUUACAAUGUGUUUAUCACCCAAGAAAGACACUUCCUUUUGCAAAACAGGCAAUAUAGGGAAAAGGGGGAGCAGUUUUUCUAAAAUGUAACACAGAUGAGUGUUUUUUUUACUAUGUUUAUAUGUUAAUGAUGUGUUACUUUAUUGCAAUGGGCUACAAAACUGGAAUGAAAUAACGUGAAUGAAGAGUGCUAUUUAAGAUCCCAAGUUCUGCUGAUACUAUACAAAUUGUGUUUAAUUCUUAAAUAAGGGGCGUCUUGAUUCAUAGAUAGGUGUGGGAGUGUUUAUACAUUUUAUGGUAAAGAAGGGAAUUCUCCCAUUUCUUGGGCUUUUCUGCUGCUUCCUGUGGUGGGAACAGUGUGGGAGCAGCCAAGCCCUGGGCGUGCCCCAGUGCUGGAGAGGUGCAGCUCCUUCGUGGAGGGUUACAUUUGUGUCGGCAACUGUUGGAAAAAUAGAUGGUAUCAGUGAAGUGGCAGCAAAACAAUUUAUCACUGGAGAAUGAUGCUUUAAAAAUUAGAGUACUUCUGUUUAUCCAGUUGCCUGUGGAUGUGAUAAAAUCCCCAAUCUCUGGUUUAGGUUUGGUUGCUGCUUUCCUUUGUGCCCUCUGUUGGUAUUUUCCCAUCAGUCGACACCUCACACUGAUUACUGCUCUGAAUCCAGAUGACAGAAUAAUAACGCCGAUUACUGCUAAAAGUUGUUUCUGGCAGCUGGGGAGAGGAUGACCGACCUUGUUCCUGACUAUCAGACUUGCUCUGCUGUUGAUGGGCUCGGGUGUGCAUAGAGAGAGAGCCUUACUGUGAAAUCAGUGCUGCAGUGGUGGUGAGUGAUCACAUGCCAGAAGGAGACUUUAAUUCACUUUUCUGUAUAUUCUCUGUAAUUUUUUACAGCAUUGCAGUAUACGCCGGGGUGAGCAGUGUUCAGAAACAAUUCCUUUUCAGUAGGCAGCGUUGCUUUUAAAUAAAGUGACAUUUUAAGAAAAUAUUUCUGAAAACAAGUUCUGCUGUUGACUCUGCACUUCUCUGGCAAAUUCCCGAUGCCUGUGUUGAUGGUAGGCAGAAUUUUUUUAAUCUGAUCCAGGCAUCCUUUCAUUAGACUAUUACACUAUUUUUUAGACUUUUUCAAUGUGUAGUGACCAAUUCGGAAAAACCUGUUUCCCCCGAAUGAAUACUGUUUGAAUCUUCAUUUUGAACAAAAUGAGUGUUCUACAGAAGACCAAUUCAUAACUAUUUUGUUGGCAGUGUCUCCAGCAGCUUUUAUUUGCUUUAGUCUAAUAAGUGUUUCUUAAAUGCGGACUGUCAAUUGGUGAGGGUGAUUCUUGUGUAAAUCAGUAUAAAGUGCUUAAAGGAGAGAAAGAGCCUAAGCAGUGGUGUAUUCCUGGUUGAGCUUCUGUGCCAGGAGCACGGGUGUAGGCUGAGAGUUGUUUUGAAGAGAGAGGGGAGGUGCAGGCUGCCAUAAUCUGAAACUGAGAAGAAAUCCUUUUGCCCUUCAGGCAGUAAUCUUACCCGUGCUUGAAUAGAGCAUCAUCUCUCCAAAAAGUUGCUGGCUUUAUUUCCCCCCUGCUUUAUUUCCUCAUUUGUAUAAUAGUAUCUCAUAGAAACUGGUUGAUGAUCCAACUGUUAAAGAUAUUCCAUCAGCAAAGAAGACCUUUAUUUGCAGCAGUCUCAUCCUCUUGAAUUGAACACCCAAAAUUUGUCUUAUGUUUAUCCUAUGUAAUGGCUGUAGCCAUACUGAAAUAUCUGAAAUAUCAGUACUGAAAUGGCUGUAUCCUACUGAAAUGGGAGUAUUUUUCCCCACCUUUUGUUGUUUUUUUUGUUGGGUUUUUUGUUGUUGUUGUUUUUUGUUUGUUUUGUUUUAAAGCUGUUAUUUAAAGCUUGAAGGGUUGUAUUUUGGAGUUCAUUUUCCCAGUGAAAAUUAAAGUUGACACAGGACAUAUGUGACUUUAUGCCCAAUGUAUAUGCAUUCAUUUCAUGAAUGUUCUUCAUCAGUCUAAGGGCACUGCUUGCAGAAACUGAGAUUUCGCUCUGUGAGAGAAACAAAACCACAGGCAUACAUUUGUUCUCUCUGUGUGAGAAGAGAAAUUAAUGUUGCCUGAUGGCUUCCCAGUUUUUUGGGUGUGUGCUAAAGGUUAGAUAGGAUGAAGGCUUAAUUACGAUGUACUUAAUAUUUAUAGCUUCAUUCACUGAAGCUUUGUCCCAUUUGCAUUGAAGGGAUUUUUAUCUAGAAAGCUCAUCCCAUUACGGCAAACAAACUUGAGACAUUUUAAGGUAAGAGUAAUGUCUUUUGGGAGAAAAGCAGUUUACUUCCAGUUGGAUGAAAACUACAUUGUUACUUCAUGAUUUGAUUUAAAUUGAUAGGGAUUUUUCUUAAUAUAUAUAAUUUAAUUUUCAAGAUAACUUACCAUUCAGUUCAAUAGCAUUUUAAACUUUGUGUAAUGUGCUUGUGUAAUUGUAUCCAAAAGUGAUAUUAGGUUUUUCUUCCUAGCAGUAAAUAGAAUGAAGGAAUGCUGCUGCUUGGUUGGUUUUCAGUUAGACAAAUGCAUCAGAUAGGAUGAACUUGUUUUACUGUUAGGGGUGGUCUUUCAUUUUUGUUUAGCUCUGGAUAAACAGCCAUUUUUAAAUUUUCAUUCUUUUUUUUUUUCUUCUCUCUUUUCUCUUAUUUUUUUCUGCACUGAAAGUAUUAGAUGACUUUGGAAAAAUAAAUUUGUGUGACUUGGUAUAGGAAAAACUAAAGCUGAAUGUUUAACUUUUCUGAGGAGACAAGAAGAGACACAGAGCUGGGAAGAAAAGUGGAGAAUGCUUCCUGUGUUACCUCCUUAUGCUGGAUAACAUUGCAGAGGGAUUUCUGGGGGAGUUUCUUUAAAAUGAUGAUUGAUUAUUUGGUUUGCUAUGCCGGCUGUUGCCCACAUUUUUCACAUAUUUUUGCUCAUUCUUAUUAUUACCUGCAGAGGGAGCUUGUAUAUGAGAUAAUCAGAGUAAUCAAGGCAUUCAGGGCUGAAUUGUUUCCAGUAAGUACAAUUUCAUUUCACUGUGCCUUUUCUGUUAUGCAGAGCAGAAAGGCUCUGUAAGACAGCUUUUAAAAAGGCUGUCCAUCAGUAACAGCAAAUCACAGUGGGCAAAGAUUUUAAAACAUCAGUAAGCACAAGCCUACUUUAAAAAAUACUUUGUAUUUCAAAGAAGUGCCUAUUAAUCAGAAGUUUAAAAAAGAGAUGAGGAAAACAAUUCUUGCCAGUCGAGGUGCAAGAGGACGGUUUUGGUAUUCUGUAUGACAAGAAGCAGAUUUUUGUUGCAUAAACUGUCUUCUCAGAUUCUAAAAAUGUCAUGUCAGCAUCAGAGAGACAGCAGAGUACUUUCAGGUCUUCGACACAUCUCGUGCAGAGUAGCGUGGUAGCCAGAAAGCAGGAGGUAUGAAGAUGAAUAAUGCAGACUACUGGUUUCGAUGAUGCUGGGCUUUUAUAACAGGAUUCAUUAAGGAAUACAAAGAAAAUUCUUACAGGGAUCAAUAAUGGUGUCUUCUGGCUGCAGAAUGCAAAGUUUUUGGUUUCUGCUCAUUAUCAGCUUCCUGCAGUGUACUGAAGGUUUCAGCCGAGCAGCGCUACCGUUUGGUUUGGUGAGGAGGGAGCUCUCCUGCGAAGGCUACUCCAUCGACCUGCGGUGUCCAGGCAGCGAUGUCAUCAUGAUAGAAAGUGCCAACUACGGACGGACAGACGACAAGAUCUGUGAUGCUGACCCUUUCCAGAUGGAGAACACAGAAUGCUUCCUUUCAGACGCCUACAAAAUUAUGACACAGAGGUGCAACAACCGAACACAGUGUAUAGUAGUUACUGGGUCAGAUGUGUUUCCUGAUCCUUGUCCUGGAACAUACAAAUAUCUAGAAGUUCAGUAUGAAUGCGUUCCUUACAAAGUGGAGCAAAAAGUUUUUGUUUGCCCGGGGACGUUGAAAGCAAUUGUGGACUCACCGUAUUUAUAUGAAGCUGAACAAAAAGCAGGUGCUUGGUGCAAAGAUCCUCUCCAGGCUGCAGAUAAAAUAUACUUCAUGCCAUGGACUCCAUAUCGCACGGAUACUUUGAUAGAAUAUGCUUCUUUAGAGGACUUCCAGAACGGACGCCAGCAGACGACGUACAAACUCCCAAACCGAGUGGAUGGUACUGGAUUUGUAGUGUAUGACGGAGCUGUCUUUUUCAACAAGGAAAGAACUCGGAACAUAGUAAAAUUUGACUUGAGGACUAGAAUUAAGAGUGGAGAGGCUAUAAUCAAUUAUGCUAAUUACCAUGACACCUCUCCGUACCGAUGGGGAGGAAAGACUGAUAUUGACUUGGCAGUUGAUGAAAAUGGCUUGUGGGUAAUUUAUGCUACGGAACAAAACAACGGGAUGAUAGUAAUCAGCCAGCUGAACCCCUACACUCUGCGCUUCGAAGCCACCUGGGAAACGACCUAUGACAAGCGGGCAGCAUCCAAUGCUUUCAUGAUAUGUGGUGUGCUCUACGUGGUGCGGUCGGUGUAUCAGGACAACGAGAGCGAGACUGGCAGGAACGCCAUCGAUUACAUCUACAACACCAGGCUGAGCAGAGGCGAGCACGUGGACAUUCCUUUUCCCAACCAGUACCAGUACAUCGCCGCAGUGGAUUACAACCCCAGAGACAACCAGCUGUAUGUGUGGAAUAACAACUUCAUUCUGCGGUACUCCUUGGAGUUUGGCCCACCUGAUCCUGCCCAAGUGCCUACCACAGCAGUGACAAUAACUUCUUCAGCAGAGCUUUACAAAACCACAGUGUCAACCACUAGCACUACGUCACAGAGAGGUCCCAUAAGCACAACAUCGGCUGGAGGAACAAAGGAAGGAAGCAGAGGACCCAAACCACCGCCACCCAUUUCCACAACCAAAAUUCCUCCCGUGACAAGUUUUUUCCCUUUGCCAGAGAGAUUCUGUGAACCAACUGAGGCCAGGGGGAUUAGCUGGCCUCAAACACAAAGAGGAAUGAUGGUUGAACGCCCUUGCCCCAAAGGAACACGAGGAACUGCCUCGUAUCUCUGCGUGGUCUUAACGGGAAUGUGGAACCCCAAAGGCCCUGAUCUUAGCAACUGUACCUCACACUGGGUAAAUCAGCUGGCUCAGAAGAUCAGAAGUGGAGAAAAUGCUGCUAGUCUGGCCAAUGAACUGGCUAAACACACCAAAGGACCGGUCUUUGCUGGCGAUGUUAGUUCAUCAGUGAGGCUGAUGGAACAGCUCGUGGACAUUUUGGAUGCUCAGCUUCAGGAACUACGGCCCAGUGAAAAAGACUCUGCUGGAAGGAGUUAUAACAAGCUCCAAAAACGAGAGAAGACGUGCAGGGCUUACCUUAAGGCAGUUGUGGAUACAGUGGACAACUUGCUCAGGCCUGAAGCUCUGGAGUCCUGGAAGGACAUGAAUUCUUCAGAACAAGCCCACGCAGCCACAAUGUUACUUGAUACAUUAGAAGAAGGGGCUUUUGUCUUGGCUGAUAACCUUGUAGAACCAAGUAGAGUCUCAAUGCCCACAGAAAAUAUUGUUUUGGAUGUUGCAGUGCUUUCUACUGAGGGCCAAGUGCAGGACUUGCGAUUUCCUCAGGCUGGUAAAGGAGGCAACUGGAUUCAGCUCUCUGCACGAACCAUGAAACAGAACAGCAGGAACGGACUAGCCAAACUGGUUUUCAUUAUUUACAAAAGUUUGGGUCGUUUCCUCAGUACAGAAAAUGCAACCAUAAAGUUAGGCAGUGACUUGGCGGGGCAGAACAGCACGAUCGCCGUCAACUCCCACGUCAUCGCGGCCUCCAUCAACAAGGAGUCGAGCCGGGUGUACCUGACUGAUCCCGUGCACUUCACUCUGGAACACAUUGAUCCUGACAAUUAUUUCAAUGCAAAUUGUUCCUUCUGGAACUACUCAGAGAGGACUAUGAUGGGAUACUGGUCAACUCAAGGCUGCAAACUGGUUGACACAAAUAAAACUCAUACAACGUGUGCUUGCAGUCACCUCACCAACUUUGCAAUUCUUAUGGCUCGGCGGGAAAUUGUGUACAAAGAUGGAGUGCACGAAUUGCUCCUCACUGUCAUCACCUGGGUGGGAAUUGUCAUCUCUCUUGUUUGCCUGGCCAUCUGCAUCUUCACAUUCUGUUUUUUCCGUGGCCUGCAAAGUGAUCGUAACACUAUUCACAAGAACCUUUGUAUCAACCUAUUCAUUGCUGAGUUCAUUUUCCUAAUAGGCAUCGAUAAGACAGAGUACAAGAUUGCAUGUCCGGUUUUUGCAGGUCUCUUACACUUUUUCUUCCUGGCAGCCUUUGCCUGGAUGUGUCUAGAAGGAGUGCAGCUUUAUCUAAUGUUAGUAGAAGUAUUUGAAAGUGAAUAUUCUAGAAAGAAGUACUAUUAUGUUGCUGGCUACCUCUUCCCUGCUACAGUAGUUGGUGUCUCAGCAGCUAUUGACUAUAAGAGCUACGGAACAGAGAAAGCUUGCUGGCUACACGUAGAUAACUACUUUAUCUGGAGUUUCAUUGGACCUGUUACUUUUAUUAUUCUGCUGAAUCUUAUCUUCCUGGUGAUCACAUUGUGCAAAAUGGUGAAGCACUCAAACACUUUGAAACCAGACUCUAGCAGGUUGGAAAACAUUAAUAAUUACCGUGUUUGUGAUGGCUACUAUAAUACGGACUUACCUGGCUAUGAAGAUAAUAAGCCAUUUAUCAAAUCCUGGGUCCUGGGUGCAUUUGCUCUCCUGUGUCUCCUUGGCCUAACAUGGUCAUUUGGUCUGCUGUUUAUAAAUGAGGGGACCGUUGUGAUGACAUAUCUCUUCACAGUAUUUAAUGCUUUCCAAGGAAUGUUUAUUUUCAUCUUUCAUUGUGCCCUUCAAAAGAAAGUACGUAAGGAAUAUGGGAAAUGCUUCCGACAUUCCUACUGCUGUGGAGGACUCCCAACUGAGAGUCCCCACAGUUCAGUGAAGGCAUCAACUACCAGAACUAGUGCUCGCUAUUCCUCUGGCACUCAGAGUCGGAUAAGGAGGAUGUGGAAUGACACUGUGAGAAAACAAUCGGAAUCAUCUUUUAUCUCAGGUGACAUCAACAGCACUUCAACACUUAAUCAAGGAAUGACUGGCAAUUACCUACUAACAAACCCUCUUCUUCGACCACACGGCACUAACAACCCCUAUAACACAUUGCUCGCAGAAACAGUUGUAUGUAAUGCCCCUUCAGCUCCUGUGUUUAACUCACCAGGACAUUCACUGAACAAUGCCAGGGAUACAAGUGCCAUGGAUACUCUACCGCUAAAUGGUAAUUUCAACAACAGCUACUCAUUGCGCAAUGGAGACUAUAACGACAGCGUGCAAGUUGUAGACUGUGGACUAAGCAUGAAUGAUACAGCUUUUGAGAAAAUGAUCAUUUCAGAGUUAGUGCACAACAACCUGCGGGGCAGCAGCAAGAACCACAACCUGGAGCGGGCGCUGCCAGCCAAGGCUGUGAUCGGCGGGAGCAGUAGCGAAGAUGACGCCAUCGUGGCAGACGCCUCAUCUUUGAUGCACAGUGACGCCCCCGGGCUGGAGCUCCACCACAAAGAGCUGGAGGCCCCGCUCAUCCCUCAGCGGACUCACUCCCUUCUGUACCAGCCCCAGAAGAAAGUGAAGACCGAGGGAACUGACAGCUACGUCUCACAGCUGACAGCCGAGGCUGACGACCACCUCCAGUCCCCCAACAGAGACUCUCUUUACACGAGCAUGCCCAACCUCAGAGACUCUCCCUAUCCAGAGAGCAGCCCCGACGUUGAAGAAGACCUCUCUCCUUCCAGGAGGAGUGAAAAUGAGGACAUUUACUACAAGAGCAUGCCAAACCUAGGAGCUGGCCAUCAGCUCCAGAUGUACUAUCAAAUCAGCAGGGGUAAUAGCGACGGCUAUAUCAUUCCCAUUAACAAAGAAGGAUGUAUUCCGGAAGGAGAUGUUAGAGAAGGACAAAUGCAACUAGUGACAAGCCUUUAA